AUGACAACUUACAAGUCGAAAAGAGCAGAAAUGCUCGAGAGAUUGUUUGUAGAAGAAAGAGAAAACGCUGAAUAUUCACACGCGUUGAAAGAAACUGAAAAAGAAGCUUCAAACUUUGAGGUGAUCAUGAUGUUGCCCAAGCUUGAAAAGCUGAAGGCAAUUGAAAGUGCUGUUUACAAGAAGCUAUUCGGUGAUGAUCCAUCAAAUAUGAAGACAUCCUUGACCGAUGAGGCAGAAGAAGAAAUCGUCCAAUUUGAAACACUCCCUCUCCCCGCCAGCAAGAGAAAGAGGAAAAUGGUCGACACAGCUUCAAAUGAUGGGACCGGGUUCGCACAACCUAAUUUGGGUUCCGCGAAUCAAGCUUCCAAGCCUGCUGCCCCUGCAGAAGUUAAACUGUUAAGUCGCUUAGAAGAAAAUUCAACUGCGAGUAGAAUGGAAAGAAUAAAUUACCAAGCCAAACUCAUUCCAAGAAAACCUGGUGGCAAGAUACACCAAUACACGUCUUUUGCUCCAGCUACAUAUGAUUGCAGGACAUAUUGGUCUGCAGAACAUGGCUCACAAAUCCAAGCCGCUCAAACUGCAUUAAAUGUGCAUUUUCAGACCGAAUACAAAGAUGAUGUCGAGUUUCGCCUGUGGCCUGAACCAGCAGACUGGAAGGCAUUUGAGACGGAUCUCCAAAAGGGUAGGGAAAUUCUUGCUAGGGCAGAAAAAUUUCUGGAUUUCUGGAUCUGGGAGUUCUUGUCCCGAAUAACUGCUGAAGAUCGAGUUCCUCUAACACCUUGUCUUGAUUGGUUCUUGGGAGAAGAUGAGUCACCUGAGUACAAGAGAUAUGUCAAGCUCUCUGUCGCUCCAAAACCAACGAAUGCCCUUGCAGCAAAAGCAUCAUUUCAAUUGCGCUUAGCCUAG